AUGAGCGCCGCCGAGGUGUUGCACGGCGCCUAUGAGGCCCCCAGGGCGUAUGCCAGCGGCCAGGGUCCGCAGCCCGACCUGCGGCCCACCCUACUUGUCACCACUGUGGACAUUGGCGAGGGGCGGGCGGGGCGCAUCGAAGUGCGGCAGGGGGACGAUCCUAUCGACGUCGCAGCCGCCUUUUGCAGCCGCCACGGCCUGCCCGAGGCCAUCGUGCUGCCACUGGCGCAGCACCUGGAGGACAACUUGGCGGAGAGCGGGGCGUGGCCCGAGGCGGGGCAGCCCCCAGCAGGCGCCGAGUAUCGGCAGGGCGAGGGGGCUGGAGAUGGAGAGGAGUCAGAGGAAGAUGAGGGUUAUAGCUACGCCAGGCUGUCUGCGACCGCUGCCGGCAGCAGGAGCGCCUCGGCCGAACCUGCGGCACCGCAUGCUGGCGCCGCGAAAGGCAUGCCGGCGCCAGCAGGCAGCCGCCCCGGCAGCGCCCAGGCCGGGGCAGGCAGCGGCUCCGCGCCUCACCCCCAGCCGGCCCACCACCUGCAAGUGGAGCCUUCUUCCCGCAGCGCGGGGGUGCUGGGCGCCCGGCCGCCGCCGCCUGGGGAGCAGGCCGGCCCGCGGCCGCAGACCGCCGGCGCCGCCCUCGGCGGGCAGCCGUCCGAGGAGCAGCAGCAGCAGGGCCCGCCAUCGUACCGCCCCGCCAGCAUCCACAGCGCACGGGGCGCGGAGUACUUCAACCACGCGCCCAGCAGCAGCGGGGGCUCCCACCCAGACACCGACGGCGGCCUGCACUACCGCACCGCCGGCGUCGGCGGCGCAGCCUCGCUGCCCGCCCACACCCGCCUCUACGCCGACCACUUCCGCAAGCAGCAGCGCCUGGAGGAGGAGCGGCGGCUGAGGGACCUGGAGAUCCAGCUGAAGACGGAGCAGGUGCACAUUGCGCCCGCCUCCAACAAGCUGGCCUCCCACCGUACCGCCGGGUCGUACCGCAACUACGGCGAGCGGCUGUACGUGGAGGGGCGGCUGGAGGCGAUGAAGAAGGAGCAGCUGGCGCAGCGGGUGAAGGAGGAGGAGGCGCGGGCGGAGGUGGAGCAGCACACCUUCCAGCCCGAGAUCAGCAAGCUGGCGCAGCAGAUACGGCAGGACGAGGCCGAGUGCGGCGGCGGCGCGGGCACCGCCUACCAGCGCCUGUACCAGCGCGGGGCCACUGCCAAGCGCCAGGAGCGCAUGGAGUGCAUCCGCCGGGAGCAUGAUGAGGCGGAGGUGCGGGAGUGCAGCUUCCGGCCACAGAUCAACUCCAAGUCGGCGCGCAUGGUGGAGCAGCGCCAGCAGAUACUGAGGGAGAGCGGCAUCGCGGGGUACGACCAGCUGUACAACGACAGCAUGCGGCGCAGGCUGAAGCUGCAGCAGCUGGCGGCGAGGCCGCCUGAGGAGGCCACGUUCCGGCCACGGGUGAACACCAGCAGCGUGGUUUUGAAGAAGCUGAUGGAGGGGCGGGAGGGUGAGGAGGCGCUGGGUGGCAGCGCUGACGUGGCAGCCAGGCUGCUGGAGCGCGGGCGCCAGUACAGCGAGAAGCUGGCUGCGGCGCAGCGGCUGCAGGAGGAGGAGCCACGCGACGCCGCCACCGGGCAGCCGCUGUUCCGCCCAAAGACGCACCGCGCGCCACACUACGAGCGCAACCCCGAGGGCACCCCCAUCGGCGAGUACCUGUACAGCAUCAAGGCGGAGUGGGAUGAGCGCGCUGCUGCGGCGGCGCACGCCACGCAGCGCCGCGCCACCCGCGACGCCGCCUCCACCUACGUCAACACCCGCUCCGAGCGCCUGGUGGACCGGCUGAAGCGGGAGCGCUUCCGCGCCAUCUUUGACUACCUGCGCCGCGGCCAGCCAGCACCCGUGCUCAACCUGCUUGAGACGGUGCAGGACGAGGUGUUCAUGGACACCAUAGACCCCGAGGUGCGCGCCGACAUUGAGUUUGCGGGCAGGCUGCUGGCCAGGGCCAUUGCGCGGCGCCAGAAGGCAGACCUCCAGGACUCCGCCUGCUCCGCCCCGGACGGCUCCCGCGCCGCCCCGCCGCCCUUUGCCCAGUCCACCGUGGGCGAGCUGGAUGUGGGCGGGUUUGUGGCGCUGAUGGAGGAUGCAAUUGGGCGCACCCGGGGCCUGGCGCGCCAGUACCUGCUGCCCAUGCCCAGCAGCCGCCAGAAGUUUGAGGAGCCCUCCUUCCGCCCCGCCAUAGACCCGCACUCGCAGGCGCUGGCUGCCCGCCUGCGCCCCGAGUCCCUCCCCGCCUACGAGGUGCUCUACAAGACAGCCGAGGAGCAGGCGGCGAGGCGGGAGAUGAUGCAGCGGCAGGCGGAGGCGGCCAAGCUCAAGGAGUGCCUGUUCCGGCCCGUCAUGCUGGCGCAGCCCAAGGCCAGGGAGGGGCGGGCGAUGAAGAUGGCGUCUGAGCUCAGGGCCAAAGGCUCCAGUGAGGGCGAGAAGGAGCCGAGCGGGGCGGGCGCCGCAGCCCCGGCAGCCGCCCCGGCAGCUGGCCCGGCAGCUGGCCCCGGAGAGGCUGGCAGCGACAGCGAUGGCGGCGAUGCGGCGGACGGCGGCAGCGGCGGCGGCGAGGGGCUGCACUUUGAUGUCCUGGAGCGCCAGAUCAAUGAGGCGCUCGUGCGGCUGAGCCUGUCGGAGGAGCAGGUGGCGGCCAGCCUGCGUCAGGUGGCGGCAGGCGAGGCGGCCGAGGUGGCAGCGGCGGAGGCGCAAGUGGCUCAGCCGGUGGAUGGCAACGGUUUCCAGCUGGACUUCCGCGCCAUCUGCGGCUCGCCCUCCCCAGAUGACCUCCUCACGCUGCCGGAGUGCUGCGGUACCGCCGGCGUGGCCUCAAGCCUGAAGGGCUUCAAUCCGCUGGACGACAUUGAGGAGGGCGCGGGGGCCCCGGCAGCGGCGGCGGCGCCCGCCGCGGGCGCCAGCGUGGCCUGGGCUGACGACUCGCAAGAGGUGGUGGCCCGGAUGAUUGACAGCCACACCCCCGGCAGCGACGGUGGCGGCGGCAGCGGCAGCGGCGCCGCUGAGGAGCUGGUAGGGCUGGACCUGCAUGCCUUGGCCUCCACAGACCUGCCGGAGCAUGCGGGGCAGGCGGGCGCGGAGGAGGUGGCACGCCAGGCGUAG